AUAUACUACUAACUUGUUAUUGCCGUGGGCAUCGUGCGCCAGGAUUUCAACUCGUGAUCCGUAUUGAUAUAUCCUUCCAUUAGGAUGUAGUAAUGCCGCGGCUGCUCCAGAACCGCUCAACGAUAAUACAAUGUUAUUCUACGCUGACAAUAAAUUAAAUUCAUAUGAAAAUUCUGAAAAUCAGUGAUCAUUUAAAAUCGUUUUCAAAUAGAAAAAGACGAGAGUACCUUGAAGUUAAUUACUCUAACUGCCCGAUCUACUGUCAUAUCUACUCGGAUCCUGUUGUGAAGUCUCAAGGAAAUGGUCCCAUGUGGCGUGGCGACUAUAGUUGCUUCGGUAUCGUGUUCCCUCCAGUUCUCUGCAUAAACGCAAGUCUCCUCAUAGUAGGGCGAGAUAAUUUUCGAAUUUCGUGGCUGCCGCCAAAGAGCCGUCGAAUUGGAAAACGCCGAGUUGUUAUUUAAUCCGCCCCAUUGUUCCGUCGGAGGCGCUUCAAAAUACUUGGAAAAUUCACUGUAUCGCUAGAGGAAAAUGAUUCUUAUGUUUGAUCUACAAACGUUCUCCAAGGUACAGCUCAACAAAUUAAGAAAAAUCUAUAAGCCAACGACUAAUAGAAUUUUAAACAUUGAAAUUUAAUCUAUGUGAAAGAAAAAAUUGCUGGGAUAAAAUUCCGAGAGUCUUCUUCAACUUUUCGAGCUGUACUUGCAGAUGUACCUGAUAGUUAGACUCAUCUGUUUGCGCGUGAUAACUGUGCGCGGUGUAGAGGGAUCUUAAUCGCAUCGGCGUUGUCGAGUUAGUUUGAUUCUGAAUCGCUGAUAUGGAGCACGGUUGUUGAUGCUGUGACUGCGAUCCAGUUUGUGAAUUGCAUUUCUGUACCUCUUUUCGAUACUCGCCGCUGGGAGUAGCCAUUGCUUUUGCCUUCAAAUUUGUGAAAAAAUCAUUAAAAACUAUGUAAUACAAUCAAAUGAUUAAAAUAACUUCACACGUUGAAUAUACAUUAAAUUCUUUAAAGAAUACAGACAACGUUUACUGAAUUAAUUUUGUCAUUCUUUCCCGUAAGAAGAGAAAGUAAAAGCGUUAUCUAAGGAAUUUCGUAAGUUAGUCACGAAAUUUUGUAAAAGACCUUGGAGUUGGCGGCAGCGUUUUUCGGCUUCUUGCGACGGGAUUUCCGGGGUUUCGACACCGCCGUUUGACCACUUUCGCUUAUGCGAUCCACGGCUGAAACUGGUUCUGUAUCCUCACGUUUGGAUCCUUUCAACGAAUCCACGUCUUCGGUGGAUUUUCAGUCUUCGAUUUCACGAAGAUGUUCGCAUACGCGAUUUUUCUCUCUCCUGGAGGUUUCUUGUUCGGCUCGUGGAUCGCGUUGACUAAGAUCAAGGCUUGUUAGAUGCUUGUAUAAACUUGCAAGGGUGCUCGAUGAUGUUCCGAUCGAACAAAUGAGUGCCUUGAUUUGUCGUUGCCCUGACAAUAAAAUAUGACAAGAGACUGACUUCGAACGAAUUCUAUCGGCGGAGGAGCAAACAGAUUCUCUUUAAAUGGAACAGUUUCCUCAAAUUGCAAUUUCAUGUAGAAGUAGUUGUCAGUUUGUUACGCUUAUAAUAUGACCUGUUGAUCUAAAUACCCUGAUUCAUAUCAUUUUAAAUAUGUGAAGCAAUAGAACUUUCUUCACGGUCUUUUAUUAUUUUAUAUUCUAUUUUCAUCUUGUAACUGCAAUAUAUAAUACAGCAUGACAUAUGUGUAACAUGACAUAGUUAUGUAAUAAUCAUUCAGUGAUUAUUUCAAAAUCGUUGAAGCGUAAUAGUUUUGUAAUCAUUUUCCGCGUUCCACGAAUUGUGCAAUCCCAGUUUACUAAUGACGACGUUGAAGUAACGAUGUCACUUAUUUAAAUUUAUUUUUGUAUUGUGCUAAACAAUAUUUAAGGGCCGUUUAUUGUCAGGUCGCAACUAUUUUCGUAUGUCAUUAAGGACGAGUCUGUAUCGGUUUCGAUGCUAGUUCCUUUGCGUAGGCGUUGAGACACGUUUUCAAGCUCCAAAAUUUGCAUUUCUUUAUUCAUGCAAUCUGAUGAAUCACGCGCGGUGCAUAGUGCGUGCUGAAAAAAAAUGCUACUUAAUUUUGUAUCAUUUUCUCUCCAGGAUAGCAAUUAAAAUGCCUUUCCCGAUUUCGGAGCAGCUGUAACAGAAUUCAAUAACAAGCAAGUGUUGCAAGUCAAUUGAGUUGCAUAACUACGUAAUUCCCGUUUUUUAUGCAGUUAUUUCCUCGAGUUUCACGAAGUGGUAGCGAAUCGCAAAGGUGGUGAACCGGAACACGAUGAUGCCGCGAGAUCGCUGGCAUCAAUGGAAUAAAUGUUCGACACUUGAGUACAUAAGCCAGUCCUGUUACUAGUAACAUUGUAAUGUAUUGUAUAAUACAGCUUUUCGCAUGGUGGGGACACGGAAUUUAUCUGCUAGCAGUUCUUAAGACCCCAGUACGCGGCUGUUCCGCACGUGUAGCAGUUCGUGGUAGUCGAAUGGUCAAUGGAAGACGGUCCUUGAAUACCUGUUUAACAUACGUAAAAAUGUUUGCUGUUAAACUAUUAUUUUUCACGAUCAUCAUCUACUUAUCGUCAGGAUCACCUGUAACACUCGAAGAAGGUGCGACCAUUAACAAGAAAAAUGAGAAGGAAAGAGGAGAUACCACUCUUCGACUAGUCACGGUGGUAAUGAGACAUGGUGAAAGGGCACCACAAGACACAUAUCCAAAUGAUCCCUACGUGAAUAAUACAAUGGAACCUUAUGGUUGGGGUCAACUGACAAACGAGGGCAGGAGGAGUCAAUAUAAUCAAGGGUUGUACCUACGCCAUCGUUAUGGUGAUUUUUUGGGACCAAUAUACAGUCCAGAUAUAUUCUAUUUACAAUCCACCGCUGUCGAUCGUACAAAAAUGUCUGCUUUGCUGGUAGCUGCUGCUUUAUGGAGACCAAACGAAAAGCAAUCUUUCAAGGCUGAUCUACCCUGGCAACCGGUCACUUUGUUCUAUCAACCGCGUUCAGAAGAUACAUUGAUGUUAAUAUGGGACACGUGUCCGAGAUAUACCAAAUUACGACACACGAUCACGUCUUUACCGGAGGUACAACAGAUUCAAGAUAAUAACAUAGAGUUAUACAAAGAAUUAACAAACCUAACAGGUAUGACAAUUUCGUCCCCUGAAGAUGUUAAUUCACUUUAUGGAACAUUAACAGCUGAGAAACAAAUGAACUUGACCCUCCCCGAAUGGUCCAUAGAUUACUAUCCUGAUAAGUUGGAACCGCUGACAUUAUACGAUUUUAAACUCAAUGGAUACAAUGAUAUUUUAAAGAGACUCAAAGGAGGUCCCUUACUUAAAAAAAUCGUGACCGACAUGUUGGCGAGGAAAGAUGACACCAUUGAGCCUGUAGAUAGGAAAAUGUUUAUGUAUAUUGGACACGAUAGCACCGUUGUAACUUUGUUGGACGUCAUGCAUGUGUGGAACAACCAAAUGCCACAUUAUAAUAUCAUGACCAUGAUCGAGUUACACGAGGACGGAGAUGAUUGGAAUGUUCAAGUAUUUUUAAAAAACACAACCGACCAUGAACCGUAUCCUCUAACUAUACCUGGAUGCACAACAGUUUGUCCACUAAACAAAUUCAUACAAAUUAUGAAACCGAUAAUACCGGACGAUUGGAAAAACGAAUGCAAGGUUGAAGGGGACUAUACACCCCCGCCUGCUCCAGUUCCUUAAUUAUGACAAUUUGUACCAUUGUAGAAGACAAUUUACUAAUAAGUAAUGACGUUAAAACCUGCAUUCACGUAAUAAAUAAUUAUGAAACUAUACACUCUUUAGAACAGCUCAUUGUAUAAUAAAUCAUUUAUUAAUAUGUUUUUUCCAGAAA